GCAAGGGGUUUAUUCCGAACCUUCGGGACUGAAAGAACCAAAAGAAAGCAAAAAGAACAACCAGCCGGGAGUUCUGGUCGGAAAGAACCGAGAGAGCAAAAUUGAACUUCCGCCAAAAAACCAGUUUCGCGAAAUUAGUGCUGCCAAGGAAAAAAUAAGCCAAUUGGAGCAAUGCCACCAGCACAGCCAGCAGCAAGAAAAUCUCCUUAAUCACCAAGCCCAGGAUUUAAGCACUAAAACAGCAACUAUCGCAAAAAAAACGGCUUAUAUAAAUAAGCAACAGCAAAAAAUAACUGAGUUAAAAAAUAAAGCGACUGAAUUAAAACGAGAAUUAGACCAGUUUGAGGCGAACCAAGCCGAAACCGACCAAAGAAUUACCGAAUUAGAAGAAUUGGGGAUUAAAAAUGAACGAGACACCGCUGAAGCCAACUUUCAAAAUGAGCAAGCCACUCACGCUCACACCUCCGCCCAAUUAAAGCAAGCCAAUGUUGAUUUAGUUAACGAAAAAAAUCGAGCCGAUAAUUUACAAAAGCAAAUUGAUACUCAUACUUGUUUUUGCCCUAAUAGUUGCUGUCUAAAUGGUGAUUACAACCACCUAAAAAUCCAAAACCAAGAACAAAAGCAGAAAAUAACUGAAUUAGAAACUGAGAUAAGAAAAUUAAAAGACCAACCGCCAAUUCAGCCAGACAAUACCGAAAAAGCAAAUUUAUCAGCCAUUAUCCAAGCCAAAAAUCAAAUUAUUCAGCAAUUAGAAGCAAAAUUGCAAGAGCAACCAAAAGAAAUUAUUAAAGAAGUAGAAAGCGGAGUAGUUAUUCGAGGCUUACAAAGCAAAAUUAAGGAAAAAAAACAAACUCUUACUCAAUUUAGGGUG